AUGGACGCCGGCACUUCCACAGAUAUAUGCGCCUGUCCGGCCGGCUUCAGCCGCUGUGCCGGCCGCUGCUUGAUGAAACUCCCUCAGGACCAGCUCAACUUCACCGAAGCUCAGGAGGCCUGCGGCUCACUGGGCGCCCACCUGGCCGUGCCCCGCUCGACAGCCGAGAACCAGUGCGCUCUGUCCAUGGCAGUAGGGGUUGACACUUGGCUCGGGGUGUCGGACCGAGCCGUGGAGGGGGUGUACGCAGCAGAGGACGGCGGGGACCCGAUCCUCCUCAGCAGUCCCUUCUGGGGCACCGGUGAGCCCAGUGACGCCACAGGCGAAUUUGACUGCGUUCAGAUCUGGAGUAACGCCUGGGAUGACACGCUCUGUUCGUUCAACAUAUCCUCCAUCUGCCAGAUCAGAAACUGCCUCACACCCGAGUGUGUCUAG